ACAGCAGUCACAUCUUUUUUUGUAUUUGUGUUCCCUAUUUUCGAAUACGUAGCUCUUUUGUUCAAGCAGUAAUUGAGACAUUUUCCAGCAAAGAGAUAAGGCUUUUAGAGUGACCGUGCUGUUUUUCCUGCCUGGUGUAUGAAUGGAGACAGUCCGAAUUCAGUUUCUGGAUUUUUCGAAAAAGAACAGAAGAAAUUCAAGACAAAAAGAGAUAAUAAUGAUGAGCGUCUCGUCCGCCUGUGACCUUCAGUAACCUACUGGACGUUGGUGUGUUAGAAGAGUAUACCAAGCUCAGUGCAAUAUGUCUGGCCAUUAUUUGGAUUUGUCCGCCAACCCGCUGAGAUUUCAACCGAUUGGCAAAUCAGUAAAUGUGUUUUUUGACGAAGCCAAUCGUCAGGUGUUUGCAGUGAAUUCUGGUAACUCAGAUAUUGCUGUAACCAGCUGGGACACCAGAAAAGUCGCCUACAUCAGAGUACCUGAGACAGGGCCUGUGUUAUCCAUCAAAUUUUCUUUGGAUAAGAAAGUCCUUGCUAUUCAGCGUUCAAGCCAGCAUGUGGAUUUUGUUAACCUUGGCAAGUCCGGUGAUGCAGCAGCCUACUCACAGCAAUGCAAGGGCAAGACGACGGAAGUGCGCAGCUUUCACUGGACCAAUAUCAAUGAGAUUAUUUUCGUGACAACGCAAGGAGUGGAGUUCUACCAGGUGUUUCCGGAAAAACGCUCUUUGAAGCUGCUACGGUCCUUUAGCGUCAGCGUCAACUGGUUUGUGUUCUCGCCGCUCAAGAAUGUCCUCCUCUUGUCAACGUCGUCAGCGGGCAACACUAUUUGCCCGUUCCACUUCAGACCUCAGCAAGUGACUAGAAUGCCUAAAUUUGAGAUAGAUCUUCCGCCGCUGCCCAAGCCGAGCAAAGCUGACAAGAACGCGGCGCCUGCUCAACCCGCUGACAAGCUUCGUCUUCUGGACCGUGAUGUGACCCUGGCAUUAUUGUAUGGUCAGUUGUAUGUGGUUGUUGUUCGGAAUCAGGCCCGGAGCUCGGGCAUUGGUGCAGAAAUUGUCCUCUAUCUACUUACCAAAGAUGUGCCAGCAAAGCGCGUUGCUGUACUCAAGCUUGACAUGAACGGCCGAUUUGCCGUCAACACUGUCGACAACUUGCUCAUCGUCCACCACCAGGCGUCCAAGACGUCUGCGGUCUUUGACAUCCGCUGGGCAGGAGACUAUGAUGGAGCGAUAUCACUGCAUCAUCCUGUCCUGGCCGCUUUGCCCAUCUCUCCCGUGACCAUACCAGCGCAGGAAACCAAAGGUGAAGCCCCGGCAGCGACAGCAGCGGCAGUUGCGGCACCCACGGCGGCGGCGGCAGCAGCGGCGUCAGUUGUGCCAGCAGCAGAGGCAGCGGCAAAGAGUGUGUCUUGCGAACUCUAUUCUCCCAACUGGGUCGUAUUCCAGCCCAACAUCAUCAUCGACGCUCGCCUUGGCUGCAUGUGGGAGGUGGAACUCAAACUCGAGGUUCUAGUCUCCAUGAUGGCAGACAAGAAGCAACUGAUUGAUUUCUUGCUGCUGCGAAGCGAUAGUAAAAUUGUUAUUCUGGAUGUCUGCAAGCAGAGCUUGGUACCCGGCCGUCAAUCCAGCCUCAGCGUCAUUGCCCGGGUCUUUGAUACGCUCAAUGCUGUCUACAAGGAGCACCUGAAGCUGGCAACGGCGCGCUCGUCAACGAGGACGGACGACCGCAGACUAAGCAUAUCGCCGCAGGUGAAUGACAUUUCAUUCUCGUGCGUCAUUGACCAGCACGAUAUGUACAAGCACGUCCUGUCACAGGUGGUUGAUAUCAAGAGUAUUCAGUACAAGUUCAUGGUUGCAGUCAUCAUUGAGUACAUUCGCUCUCUGAACAGCUUUCAGAUUGCAGUGCAGCAUUUCCUGUAUGAAGUGGUGAUCAAGCUCUUAGUUGAGAACAAUCAGUUCUAUCAGCUCCAUCAGUUCCUCCAGUACCACGUAUUGAGUGACUCCAAGCCAUUGGCAUGUUUGAUGCUGUCUCUGGAAUCGGUCUACGCUCCUGCAUUUCAACUAGCCCUGGACAUGCUCAAGAGGUUGUCAACGGUUAAUGAUGACAUUGUGGAUGUUCUUCUGUCGAAGAAUCAGCUCAUUCCUGCUCUUCGCUUCUUGCGCUCCAAUGGCCGAGAGGACAGUGUUCCUGCUCGCUUGUUCUUAGAGGCUGCCGCUAACAGUGGUGACAACGCACUAUUCUUCACCGUUUACAAGUUCUUUGAAGAGCGUAACAUGCGGCUGCGAAGGAAACCAGGCUUUUCGCCCGCGGACCACUGCGACCAGUAUGUUGCGCUGUUCAAUUCUCUGUUCGGUGAUGCGGACACCCCCAAGCAACAGGUCAACAUACCACAUCUGCUGGAAUAAGACACUCGACGACACAGCGACAAACAAGCACACACCAUCGAUCAGCGCAGUACUAGUAUGGUCAUCUGCUGCCAAGGCCUCAGUAACCCGGUGCGUUGGCUCAUGAAACGAAGAGAGAAAGGUGCCUGCUGGCCAGUCACUUUGUUCACUUCAGCCCCCCCCCCCCUCCCCUGUAUAGCACCACACUCUUGAAAUACUCACCUUUACAUGCCAGCAAAUUGGAACGCUAACAAUAUUCUCUGCAUGCAACACCAUAGGAGUUUCAAUCAUCCAGGUUUUGAAUAAAACACAAAACACACAUGCCAUUGUUUGCUUAUCUCUCAUAGCAUUUUAUUUAACACCGCAUCUUCUGAAGAAUUGUAUAUUAUGUAUGUUGUCAACGUACGCCAUAUCGAAAGCGGUGAUGAUUUUGAUUUAAAAAUAAUGGGUUUGUACAGUUAGUUAACGACGGAUAUUGGUAGUACAUUCUACACAUCGGAGUUGUUCCUUCUGUGCUGUUUCUAAUCGUAGUUGAGUAAAUCUUA